CUCAGUAUGAAAGCAGAAGAAAAAUGCUAUUGGAAGCGGUGUGUUUCUUUUGAACAGCUUAGAGUUUGGUAUUAUUUGGUUCAACAUGAUUUAUGUUUUAUUUGUUGUGCUGUGUGAUCUCUCAAGCAUAUUUAUUCUAGAUGUCUGCUUCCUUUUUAGAAUUGAUGAUGCUAUUCUGGUUAUGUUACCUGCAACAUUUACAAAAUUGUCAGAGCAGGACUAAUGCUGGAUCCAUGUAGACGUCUCAGCUGAUGGACUCUUUCAGUGGGCCACGUGGAUUUUGAUCAGGAAAUUGUGAAAUGGAAGUGUGGAAGUAUUUUGAUGGGUAUUUGGAGAGACUAUAGAGCACAGUAGAAGGGGCCUGCUGUGGACUGUUCAGAAUCCUGGCACCUUGCCUUCCAUGACUAGCCCUUAGUGUGGCUUCCAUUUGAAGGGUAGCAUUCAUAAGGAAGAGGGAGUCUUUACACACUGGUCCAGAAUUAUGAGAGUACAAAAUUGAAAAUGUUGACUUCGCCAGAGCCGAAGGGCCUUGUCCCAUUCACGGCAGAGUCACUUGAACUUAUAAAAAAUCACAUUGCUAAAAAAUGCAACGAAGAGCAUGAAGAAGAAGAUUUAAAACCAAGCUGGGGUUUAGAAGCAGGCAAAAAACUUCCAUUUGCCUAUGGAACCCUUCCUCAAGGAACCGUGUCAGAGCCCUUGGAAGAUGUGGAUCCAUACUACUAUGUUAAGAGAAAUACUUUCAUGGUCUUAAACAGAAACAGAGUCAUCUUCAGGUUCAAUGCGGUUUCCAUCCUCUGCACGUUGUCUCCUUUAAGCUCUCUCAGAAGAGCUGUUAUCAAGGUUUUGGUGCACCCCCUUUUUCGCCUGCUGAUUUUAAUUAGUGUUCUCACCGACAGCAUACUUAUGUGCAUGAGUAAUCUACCGGAAUGGAUAUUGGCAGUAGAGAAUACUUUGCUUGGGAUUUACACAUUCGAAAUACUUGUAAAAGUCAUUGCAAGAGGUAUCUGGGCAGGGUCAUUUUCCUUCCUUGGGGAUCUUUGGAACUGGCUUGAUUUCAGUGUAACUUUGUUCGAGCUUAUCACAAGGUCUUCACCUCUAAGCUCCCUUCCAAUGUUUAAAACAAUAAGAACCUUGCGAAUUUUGAAGAUCAUUCCUUUGAACCAUGGCCUGCAGUCUAUUGUGGUGACGCUGGUCCAGUGUUUGAAGAAACUACUCGGAGCCAUUGCCCUAGCUCUGUUUUUUCUGACUGUGUCUUCGCUAUUCGGGAUGGGUCUCUUCAUGGGCAACCUGAAGCACAAAUGUGUGCGAUGGCCCCAAGAAGAUGGAAAUGAUGUGAUGUACAAUGGAACUGGAAGCCAGUACCAUAUUCUAGAAAGAGAAAACUUCUACUAUAUGGAAGGCGCGAGAUACGCUCUCCUCUGCGGCAACAAGACAGAUGCCGGCCUGUGUCCAGAAGGUUAUAUGUGUGUAAAAGAGGGCUCAAAUCCUGACAAUGGCUUCACAAGUUUUGACAAUUUUGGCUGGGCUCUACUGGCUAUGUUUCGAUUGAUGACUCAGGAUUACCCUGAAUUACUUUAUCACCAGAUCCUUUAUGCUUCAGGAAAGAUCUACAUGAUAUUUUUUGUUCUGAUCAGUUUCUGGUUUGCCUUCUAUAUGGCAAGUUUGUUCUUGGGCAUCCUCACUAUGGCCUAUGAACAGGAGAAGCAGAGAGCUUCUGAGGAGUCUAGAGACAUGGAUUCUAAAUGUCAUCAGACUGUGAAAGAAUUCGAGGAAGAACAUGAAGGAGCUGAGAUGGAAACUACACAAAUAGAAAUGAAGAAAAGAUCACCAACCUCUAUAAACACCACAUUGGAUAUACUGGAAGACACUGCCCUUGGACACAAAGAAGAACCAGAAACAUCCAGGAAGGAAUGCCCACUCUGUUGGUAUAAGUUUACUAAAACCUGCUUUAUCUGGAAAUGCUCUCCCUGUUGGAUAAAACUGAAUGAGUUUGCUGACAGAAUUAUAACACACCCAUUGUUUGAUCUUUUCCUUGUUAUAUGCAUCAUUUUAAACAUAUGCUUCCUGGCCCUAGAACACUUUCCAAUGAGUGAGGAGCUCAUGUCACUCCUUGCCAUUGGAAACUUGGUUUUUAUUGGAAUUUACACAAUAGAAAUGAUUUUGAAGAUAAUCGCUAUGCAUCCAUAUGGGUAUUUCCAAAUAAGCUGGCAUAUUUUUGACAGUAUUCUUGUGGUUUUGGGAUUAACAGAAAUGUUACUAGCAGAUAUUGAAGAAAUAACUGUUUUUAUAUUAGUCCCAUUGAUAUUUAUAAAAUUGGGAAAAUAUGCACCACCAUUUAAGAAUUUGAUGCGUAUUCUUGGUAGAGCAUUGGUGGCCCUGAAAGACUUGGUCCUGUUGGUCUCCAUUUUCAUUUACUUCUCUGCCGUGUUUGGCAUGAAGCUGUUUGGUCGAAGUUACAAAGAUUGUGUCUGCCACGUAGAUCAAGACUGUCAACGCCAACGUUGGCACAUGAGUGACUUCCUCCACGCCUACGUGACUGUGUUCCGAAUCCUCUGCGGAGAGUGGAUAGAGACAUUAUGGGAGUGUAUGGAGGUUGCAGGCGAGGCCUGGUGUAUUCCAUUUUACAUGAUGGUCAUUUUAAUUGGAAAUUUAUUGAUACUUUACCUCUUUGUGGCAUUGGUGAGCUCAUUUGCUUCAUACGAUGCUACCACAGAAGUGAGCAAAGAAGCCAAAAACCUUCAGCUUGCAGUGGCAUGGAUAAAAAUGGUAAUAAACUGUGUGCUUCUUAAAAUACUGUGCAAAGAAAAAACUGUUUCUACAGAAGCAACAGACCAAACAUGUGAUCCAAGUGUUAAAGAGAAUAUUUCUGGUCAUACUCUUUCUGAACUGAGCAACACCCAAACAUUCCUCAGAUACAAGGACCAGAGCAGUGGUACUGAGAAAACUCCAGUGACUGAGUCUGAGAGCCAAUCCCUGAUUGCUAGUCCCAGUGUAUCAGAAACUGUGCCAAUUGCUUCAGGAGAAUCCGAUAUAGAAAACCUGGAUAACAAGGAGACUCGGAGCAAGUCUGCAAAUGGAAGCAGUAAAGAGAAAAUGAAGCAAUCUAGUUCAUCUGAGUGCAGCACGGUUGAUAUUGCUAUUUCUGAAGAAGAAGAAAUGGUCUAUGAACAUGAAAAGUCGAAGCUUCAUAAAAAUGGUUAUGAACGCAAAUCUUCAGCUGGCCAAGUCAGUAGAGAAUCUAGGAAUGGAAAGAUUUGGAGGAACAUAAGGAAAACUUGCUGCAAGAUAGUGGAGAACAGCUGGUUUGAGUGUUUCAUUGGCCUGGUCACUCUGCUCUGCACAGGCACUCUGGCUCUGGAAGACAUAUAUAUUGAUCAGCGGAAAACCAUUAAAAUCUUCCUGGAGUAUGGAGACAUGAUAUUUGCUUACAUCUUCAUUCUGGAGAUGCUUCUCAAGUGGGUGGCCUACGGCUUUAAAGCCUACUUCUCUAACAACUGGUACAAGCUGGACUUCAUGGUCGUUAUCGUGUUGUGUCUUAGCUUAAUAGGCAAAACUCGAGAGGACCUGAACCCUCUGGCUUCCAUAAAGUUCCUUCGAGCACUUAGAGUUCUGUCUCAGUUUGAAAGAAUGAAGGUGGUUCUGAGAGCUUUGAUAAAAACAACCUUACCCGCUGUGAGCGUGUUUCUGGUCUGCCUAAUGAUCUGGCUGCUUUUCAGUGUUAUGGGAGUGUUCUUAUUCGCUGGCAAGUUCUAUGAAUGCAUUGACCCAACAAGGGGAGAAAGAUUCUCUGUAUUUGAAGUUAUGAAUAAGAGUCAGUGUGAAAACCUGGUAUUUAAUGAAUCAAUGCCAUGGGAGAAUGCAAAACUGAACUUUGAUAAUGUUGGAAAUGGUUUUCUUUCUUUGUUCCAAGUGGCAACAUUUAAUGGGUGGAUCAGUAUUAUGAAUUCAGCAAUUGACUCUGUUGGUGUGUACAUGCAGCCUAGUUUUGAGCACAGCCUCCACAUGUACACUUACUUUAUCAUCUUUGUUGUGUUUGGAUUAUUUCUUCCCUUGUGUAUGCUGAUUGGUGUUAUUAUCAGGAAUUUCAACAAGCAGAAAAUUAAGCAGGGAGGAUCAAAUAUCUUUAUAACGGUAAAGCAGAAGAAACAGUACCGGGCACUGAAGAAGCUCUUGUAUGCAGACUCUCAGAAACCAGCAGCCCGCCCUAGAAACAAGUUCCAAGGCUUCAUUUGUGACGUAGUAACACAUCGUGUCUUUAAUGUCAUCAUCAUACUUCUUAUCUGUUUCCAAGCAACAACCAUUAUGAUACAAAAUGAUGAGCAGAGUCCACAAAUUGAAACCGCUGUCUUCUGGAUGAACUCCCUUUUUACCAUGCUGUUCACUCUGGAAUGCAUACUGAAGCUCACCGCCUUCCGCUGCCACUAUUUCACCAGCGCAUGGAAUGUUCAUGACUUUAUGGUGGUCGUUUUCUCCAUUACAGGACUGCUGCUGCCUUUGUCAAUAGGACAAUACUUUGUGCCUCCUUCACUGGUGCAGCUGCUUCUUCUCUCUCGCAUCAUCCAUGUCCUGCGUCCUGGGAAAGGACCAAAGGUGUUCCAUGAUCUGAUGCUUCCCUUGAUGCUGUCACUCCCAGCACUGCUCAACAUUGCUCUUCUCAUCUUCCUGGUCAUGUUCAUCUACGCCAUCUUUGGAAUGUACAACUUCGCCUACGUAAAGAAAGAAGCCGGAAUUAAUGAUGUGUCCAACUUUGAGACCUUUGGAAGCAGUAUGCUUUGUCUCUUUCAAGUUACAACAUUUUCUGGUUGGGACGGGAUGCUGGAUGCAAUUUUCAACAGUCAGUGGUCUGACUGCGAUCCUGAUAAAAUUAACCCAGGGACUCAGGUCAGGGGAGACUGUGGGAGCCCUUCUGUUGGGAUUUUUUAUUUUGUCAGUUACAUCCUCAUAUCAUGGUUGAUCAUUGUUAAUAUGUACGUUGUUUUGAUCAUGGAGUUCUUAAGUAUUCCUUCUAAGAGAAAAAACAGGACCUUGAGCGAAGAUGACUUUAGGAGAUUCUUCAAGGUAUGGAACAGGUUUGACCCUGACAGGACCCAGUACAUAGACUCUACUAAGCUUUCUGAUUUUGCAGCUGCUCUCGAUCCUCCUCUUUUCAUGGCAAAACCAAACAAGGGCCAGCUUGUAGCCAUGGAUCUCCCCAUGGCUGCAGGAGACAGAAUCCAUUGCCUUGAUAUUUUGCUUGCCUUUACGAAAAGAGUGAUGGGAAAGGAUGAGCGGGUGGAGAAGAUCCUUUCAGAGAUAGAAUCUGGGUUUAUGUUAGCGAACCCUUUCAAAAUUACGUAUGAGCCGAUUACAACGACUUUGAAACGCAAACAAGAGGCAGUCUCAGCCACUAUCAUCCAGCGGGCAUACAAAAGUUACCGCUUAAGGCAAAGUGACAAAAAGAUACAAGAUAUCCCGGAAAUAGAUGAUGGCAGGGAGGAUCCUAACUCUAAAGGUGUCCACUCUGGUCAAAUCGAGGAAAAGGCAUCUAUUCAGACCCAGAUCUAACCGUACUUCCCAAUUCUUCUUUCUUUACAUAUUCCCACACACACUAAAAACGCUUAACUAAGCAGGAGAUCGGAGACUAGAGAUAAUGGUCACAUCUGUGUGCCCACACAUCUCCAUGACAAGCUCUGCUUUAUGUCCAGUCUCGUGAUACCUCAGGAAAGACAGAGCCUCAGUAUUGCUGCAGGUAGCUAAAGUGGGUCACACUUGUCAUUUGGCUAUUUAAAAUGUUUCUCUGUGGCUUGUCUAGUGUUGCCUAUAGUGGAAGAUGUGUAAGAAGAAAAGAGAGGAGAGGGAAAUAAAGUUCAGCAGUUAUACAGUUUUCCUCAUAUAUUUUAUAUUUAAUUUUACAGGCCGGGUCACCACCCCUGGGGCCUAGUUGCAAAUAUGAGGUAUUUCCUUAAAGUGGAUUGUGCUUCAAAAAUUCGGGAAGCCUGCCUUCAAUCAUGAGCAUGCCUAAAUAAACACUACUGGGUGGGAAAGGAGAAUGCAGGUCUUCAGAAAGUGCCUUUCAGUUCUACAUUUCUUAAAAUGUUUAACUGGCCCCUCCCCCUCUUUUUGCUUUCUUCCUGAUGGCUUUUUGAAUUUUUGUUUCAUUUUUUGUUUGUUUGCUCGCUUUGUUUUGCUGUUGUUCUUUGGUGUUUCGUUGUCCCUCGUGACUAUGCAGGUUCUACAAGAGCUCCAGGUCAGAAAGAACUGAGAUUUAUGGAGCAAGAAGCGUAGGAGUCACACUUAACAAUGAGCACAUUUUCUGUAUUUCAUUCACAUUUAUACCUUUUUAUAAGUACACAUUUACUAAAAGGAUACAAUAGAGUUAAUGGACUGGAGCUUUACCUUGUUCUAAAAACUGGUUUAUUUUUUACCAUUUAUCCAUAGCAGGUGCAUGCUGUCAUAUAAAUUAGAAGAGUUGGGGGCAACCAGCAUGUUUAGGGGUUUUCAGUGCCCUGAUCCUUAAUUUAAAAACUGGUCACUUGAAAGUUCUUCCCAUUGUACGUUGUAUUUCUUGCAACUUGAAGAAAAUGACCCUUCAAACAAUAGGGGUAGUGAGGAAGCAGAUGAAAGUUAAGUUGGCAUUUUAUAACAUCAUUAUAUGCAAAUUAGCUCACUUAUGUUUCCCUUAUUUCUUUUAUAUCUUCUCAUACAUACUCAUGCAAAUGUUUUAUAUUUGAGAAUCUAUAAAAUAACAAACAUUAGUUUUAACUACUGAUAUUAUUUUUGUUAAUAUAAAUAGUUGGUUUUGAUUUCUUCACAUAGUUGUUUACUUCCACUCAUGUAGUUUGAGAAUCUGAUAUUUUCUCCAUUUGUAUAAAGACUGAUUACACCGUGCCUAUGAAGCCCUCCAGAAUUGAAAAGAAAAAAUAUAUAUAUAUAUAUAUAUUCUACUGGCUUAAAUAAGAAGCUUUAAAUGGGUUUUAUGAUACUCAAUGCCAUUGUAUUCUCGAGACUGUAUUUUGUAAUGAACGCAUGGACUCGAGCCUUAACUCUUGUUAUCUACUUUCGAUCCUCAGAAACUCAAUGAAUUUACCAACUUGCCUUGGACAAUCAAGUAAACGUAAUUUCAGAGUC